GAUAAUUAUUAUGGAUGGCUGUUUCGGUCCAUCAACAGUUGCACUCGCCUAAGGACCUCAUAGAAGCAGGGUUCAGAGAGCAGAGAAAUCAUAAAAAUGGGGAGCGACGGGAAAUCGAAGAAGAGGCGCUUGUCUUCAAUCUCCGAAGAUGAGGGCAGGAGCAAAAAACACAGAACAAGAGACGAUGGGGAGAGAAAGAAGGUUAAAAGCAAUAAGAAAGAAAAAAUGAAGAGCGAGAAAUCUCACAAACACUCCAAACGUCACUCUGAUAAAGGAAAGAAGUCUAAGGAGAAGCAUGACAGGAAACAUCACAAACGGGACCAAUCCUCGUUUCAAGAGCUUACCAACGAUGACUAUUUCUCCAAGAAUAAUGAGUUUGCAACAUGGCUGAAAGAAGAGAGGGGGUCUUUUUUCUCGGAUCUUUCAUCGGAUGCUGCACGCGAACUAUUUCAACACUUUGUCAAAGAUUGGAACAGCCAAAAGCUUGAAUCACGAUACUAUGAAGGCAUUGCAAGUGGUCCCCGGACUCGGCAUGACUGGAAAAUCUCACAUAAGUAAAUCUGUGAGAGAAUGCUCACUGAUAGUUUUUUGCUGCUGCUUUUAUUGGUAGGGGAGGGGAGAGUUGAUUACUAUUAAAAACCAGCAUUGCCUGUCUUGUCAUUGGUUCUUUUUCUUGUAAUCUAAUCUACUUCUUAACUUUUAAAUGCGUUUCUUCCCCCCUUAUCAUGAUAAUAUUGACUUCUGAUGAA